UCAUGCACACGGCUCUGUCUGGCUGCAAAGGAACUUAGACAAAAGCAACAGUGAUCCUCAGGACCAGGAGAAUCCUUGCCAGGAAGGAUUAAUGCAUUUAUCUUUCUGGAGUACAUAUACGCACCUUUUCUCUAAUAUUUUUGGCAUAACUACUUGGAGUGGAUCGAGACUUUUUCACUAUUUGGGAAGACAAAGCUAGCGGAUGUUUUUGUACUCCUUCCACACUGCUUUUCACAUUUUCAGCCGCACUGAUUUAUUUGCACUGACUGAAAACCGGGUCUGGUGCCUUCUCCCUCCUCCUUCCCUCUUCUGUCUACCCGGUCACUCCCUUUGUACCCUCCUUUUUCUUUGGCCCCAAAGAUGCCCAGCUCACUGUUCGCCGACAGCAGUGUGCAGGUAGAUGCGCUGGACGACCACAGAGCCCUGCAGUUCGCCACGGACCAGUUUUCGAUGCUUGGGUUUGGCAACGACGACAACUUGCUGUACGACGACAGCCAAGAGCUUCGGAAAAAGAGUGUAAACAUGACUAAGCGCGUUCCUGUGCCCAGCUCGGAACAUGUGGCAGAGAUUGUGGGCAGACAAGGUUGCAAGAUUAAAGCACUGCGAGCAAAGACCAACACAUAUAUCAAAACUCCAGUCCGAGGUGAGGAACCAGUUUUUGUAGUGACGGGCAGAAGGGAGGACGUGGCGAUGGCCAGGAGAGAGAUUAUUUCAGCGGUAGAGCAUUUCUCGAUGAUUCGAGCUUCCAGAAAGAAAAACACCCGCAUAAAUGGGAGCGGUACUCCAGUCCCUGGCCCCCUUAACCUACCUGGACAGACCACAAUCCAGGUGCGAGUACCUUACCGUGUAGUGGGUCUUGUUGUAGGCCCCAAGGGUGCUACAAUUAAACGCAUCCAACAACAGACACACACUUACAUUGUGACUCCCAGUCGAGACAAGGAGCCUGUUUUUGAGGUAACAGGGAUGCCAGAAAACGUGGACCGAGCCCGAGAGGAGAUCGAAGCUCACAUAACAGUGAGAACAGGGGGUCUUAUUGAGUUCCAGGAUGAAAACGACUUCCAUGCCAAUGGAACAGAUGUGGGGUUUGAUCUCAAUGGGUACCCCAAUCUGUGGCCAAAGCCCAGGAUUGGGAUGACACCCACCUCUGUAUGCAAGCCCUUCUCCAAGUUCCGCAAUGACUCAUCCUCCUCCCUAGGAAGUGGCUCCAAUGACACCUACUUUGGCACUAAUGUCCGCAUGGCAGACUACAGCCCCCCCAGCUCUGCACUGAGUUGCACGACUAUCAACAUUAAUUGUAGCAAUAACAACAAUAUCAGUGUCAACACAAAUGGCAAUGGGUUUGUUUAUGGAAACGAGGCAAUCUCUCCUGACUGCACUGAUCUGACUUUUGAUUCCCCGCCAGGGAUUGAACCUUCGCCAACCCAACCCGGCAUUUUCUGGUCCCAGUACGAAAAUCAAAUCAACCCCUCCUUGACUGGAUCCAAUUCGCCCAUCUCCACACCAGCUAUUUUUGUUGCCACUUCCAAUGGCCUGAUGGUAAAUCAGAGAAUAAUUAACAAAAACACCAGGAUGUCACCCCCCCUCCAUGCUGGUACCAAUGAGCACCAGUUAGCACAAAGGGUCUGCACUGACCCAAGUAAAGACUUGUUCAGUUUCCCUGGCUAUGUCAAACAGUUGCCUCUGACAAACUCUCACCUUUGUUGCAUUUCAUGUGAUUACUCUGCCUCCUCCUCUUCCUCCUCUUCCUCAUCCACCAGUCGUAAAGGCAGCCGUGAUUGUUCAGUGUGUUUUGAAAGCGAGGUUAUUGCAGCACUGGUCCCCUGUGGACACAACCUCUUCUGUAUGGACUGUGCCAAUCGUAUCUGUGAGCAAAGCGAACCUAAAUGCCCUGUCUGCCAAACCAGCGUUACUCAGGCUAUACGUAUAUUUUCAUGAGAGUAUAAUUUGUCAUAUUGCUAUAAUAGAAUCAAUAAUUGUCAUCAGUUUGAAAUGUGUACUGUAUGUAGGAUUACAUAUGUUUGUGUAUGUUACAGGCUGUUGUAUGAAAAGGAACAUAAAAACUUCUGGGUUUGUUGGAUUAAAAAGAAAGUCAACCCCCAAAUUUUCUUUACAACAUUAUGUUGUGUGCACCCCCACUAGUCUAAACACAGGAUUCCGAUUAAUAUUACAUUUGUGGAAUAUGAAUUAAGCGACAAAAUUCAGCCAUUUUGAUCCAUCUCAGGGCGCCCAAAUGACUAAAAAUUACAAUACAAUUUCUCAGGGUCCAGAUAACGACCAUUCACGGCCCACCUGUUUUCUGAGUUUGAUCUUGUAACUUUUGCCCUGAUCGGUCAUUAUCUGAGCCCCGAGCAACUGUGAUGUAAUUUUCAGUUAAUAGUAAAUUUCAAAAUGGCUACCUCCUGAGAUGGAUAAAAACGGCUGGAUUUUGCUGCUUAAUUCAUAUUCCACCUAUGUAAUAUUAAUCAGAAUACAAUGUUUAUACAAGUGGGGGUGCAUAGAACAAUAGGAUUGUGUAUCCUAUUGUAAAGACAAGUUUUGGGUUGAGUACCCCUUUGAAUGAAAGACUUAUUCUGUCUUAGGGAAAUAUUAUCAGCGUCGAGAUGCAUGUUUUAAGUAUCACAAAUAGUAAUCAAUAGCUCUAGUCAAUUGUACUCAUUAUUUAUCUUAUUGGACACAUUGGAGUUACGAUGCAGGUAUGUGGAUCGUUCAGACUUUUGGCUGUGUGCAAGCUGAGUCAUCUAAUUUGCCCUAAAGUAAUGUAAUAAAGACAGUUCACAAUACCUGGGGAACAAAACAGGACAUAGGUAGUUUCUUGUUUGCAGAAAUAUAGUAUACAUUUAUGUAUAGAACAC